UAUUCUGUGUUUCUCAUUCCUGGCUUUGGCUACUACUAUUUCAUUCCAUGCAUUGGAGUUUGAAUCUUCAAAUUGAAUAUUUACAUUGCAUGUGCUCCUUUCCCAAACAGAGUUUGUAUUGUAAGGUGCAUUCCAUUCCAUGUAACUACCAACCAGAGUGGUUAGCGAUUUGCUGGCCCUACUUUUGAUUCAGCUACACACGUGUGAGGUUAUUUAUAAAUACAUUAAAAAGAAGAAAAAAAACUCAUGAUCUAAUAAUGGUGACAAAAAUGAGUUUGUUUUAAAACUUUCCCAUCCUAUUUAUCAUUAAUUUCUGAUUAUAAAAAGUAGUGCCAAAAAAUAAAACUCAUUUGAUAAAUCAAGAAAAGGAGUAACUUCAAGCUCAAGAUCGAGUAAAGUCACAAGUUGGCUUAAGUUUUUAUAAGUGUAUCCUUGAUUUGAUUCUUUCUAACUUUUGUCUUUGCAUAGUUAAUUAGAAAGGUGUAUGACUGUGGUUGACUGAAUUGUGGAUAAGAAUUCUGAACCAUGCAGGGGCAACUUCCUCUUGUAUGCUUAUACGUGUUGCAUGUUAUAUGGUCAACACCUUCUGCGCCUUCUAUCAUUAUUUUCACAAUUAAUCUGUUUUCAGAGGAUUACAUUUACUUUUUACCCCUCACCCACAUACAUGUGUAGGAGUAACUGUUCCCUUGGCUUUUAUUUGUUUUGCAUGCAAAUUAUCAUGAACGGCAAUUUCUUUGGUGCCUGCAACUUUUUUAUGGGAAGCGUACAGGAAUUGCUUGGACCAAUAACAUUAUUUCUUUUGUUUCGAUUUUUUUAAAUCCGGAAUAAUAGCAGUAGCCUUUCGUAAAUCAUGAAUUUACCCCCUAACUUCAUUUAUUUAUAAGUUGGUCCCUUAGCUAAGGAAAAAGAAAACAAAAGCUAAGUUAAAAAGAUCUUGGAGGUAAUUUACAUUCUGGGUAAUUUACAUUCUGGGUUCGUGAAAGAUUAGAUUAGGGUUCAUGAGAUAGGUUUUGUUCCUGAAGUCACCUAGAUUGAUUUCCUGAUUUCAUUUCAUCUAUUUGAACUGUCGUCUUCGGUAGCCUUUGGUUUGUGUGAUUUCGAGGGUUUCACAGGUGAUUCUUCUUCGACUGUGCUUUCACUGAUGAAUUUGGUUGUGCUCGUCUGUGUCGCUGUAAGAUUUUGAUACGGGUGUUUCGACUUGUACACCACUCUAUUGAGCAGGGAUCGAAGUUGCGGCUACCUGAACUGAGUUGGGAAAAUGAAUGAUUCUUCAGGAGAUAACUGGCUUAAUCCGUUUGAUGACGAGCUUUAUAUCAUCGAUGAGGAUGAUAGUCUGAAUUCUAGCCCUGCCAACGGUUUGAAGCAGGGUGUGAAUGAAGGGGAUAAUGAUGGGGAAAAUUUUGUGGAUGUCGAUGAGAUGUUUGAAACUGGAAAUGACAGUCAAAAAAACUCUGAUGUAGAAGUUAAAGUCAUGAAAAGGAUUCCUGAAUUGUCUGCAGACGACAUUAGAGGGAUGGAUUUCUCUUAUGAGGAGGAAGCAUGUGAAUUCUAUUCUAAAUAUGCUCGUAUCCGUGGAUUCUCUCCAAGAAAAGAUGAUGUAUACAAGGAUGAUGAUGGCAAGAUUAUCUCACGACAGGUGGUGUGCAAUAGGGCUGGACAAAGGCAUCAGAAGCAUAUGCAUAAUAGUGGCAGAAGAAAACAACCUAAGCCUAUUACUAGAGUGGGUUGCCUUGCUAGAAUUCGAUUUCGUUGUUUUUCUAGCAGUAAAAGGUGGAAAGUGGUUUUUGUUUGCGAUGAACACAAUCACCCAUUAACACCAUAUAAGCAUGUUCAUUUGAUUCCAAAAUUCCGGCAAUUGAGUGAAGGGGACAAAGCUCAAGCAGAAGGUAUGAACCUAUUUGGUGUGAGGACCCGCAAUAUUAUGGAGGUGAUGAUGGGCCAAAAAGGUGGGGCUGAGUCGGUAGGCUUUACCGGCAAGGACUUGGCCAACCACCUAGACAAGCAAAAAAGGAAAAGAGUCAAAGAUGGUGAUGCAGUUGCGGCGCUGUCCUAUUUACAAGGAAAACUUGACAGUGACCCACUAUUUUUCUUCAAGUACAACAAAUCGGAACAAGGUAAUCUCCUUAACUUGCUAUGGUGUGAUGGAACCAGUAGAAUGGAUUAUAACGUGUUUGGAGAUGUGGUUGCCUUUGAUAGCACAUACAAGAAGAACAAGUAUAACAAACCUCUUGUGAUUUUUUGUGGAUACAACCACCACAAGCAAACAACUAUCUUUGCUGCUGCACUUGUUCAUGAUGAGAAAACUGAGACUUUCAUAUGGGUUUUGGAAACCUUGACUGAAGCAAUGUUUAACAGGCAUCCUAAGGUGGCGGUUACAGAUGGAGAUCUAGCAAUGAAGGAAGCUAUUAGAGUUGUGUGGCCGAAUACCACGCAUCGUCAAUGUGCAUGGCACAUUCACCAGAAUGCUUUGAAAAAUAUUAGAAAUCUUGAUUUUGCAGAUGAAUUCAAGUUAUUUGUGUACGCUAACUUAAACCCUGACAAGUUUGGAGAGAAGUGGGAUAAACUGGUUGAGAAAUAUGGUAUAGCCAACAAUCCAUGGAUUGAUACGAUGUAUGAGACAAGAGCUUCUUGGGCAAGCACCUUCAUGCAAGACAAAUUUUUUGCCGGUAUUAGGACGACAUCCUUAUGUGAAGGUAUUAACUCAUUCAUAAAGAAUUAUCUGCACUGUAAGUGUUCCUUGUUGGAUUUUCUUUUCAAUUUUGAGCGGGCUAUGAAGAAAUACAGGCACAAUGAGUUGGAAUCUGAUUUUAAGUCUUCUUAUGGUGAGCCUGUUAUGACAACAGCACUUAGUGGCAUUGAGUAUGGAGCUGCUAAAAUAUUAACAAGGAGCAUGUUUUGGGAAGUCAAGGGUCAAAUUGAGGAUGCCCUGGGGCUAAAUGUGGAGCGUUCUGAGGUGGCCAAUAUUGUGAUGAUGAAAAUGAGAAAAAUUAGCAAUCGCAGAAAAGAAUAUAUUGUUGUUUAUGAUAAGAACCAGAAAAAGUUUGUAUGUGAAUGUGGUUAUUUUGAGUUUUAUGGCAUCCCUUGUUCUCAUAUAAUAGCUGGGAUGAGAAGUGAGUAUAUUGAUGAAUUUCCAAGCAAUCUAGUUUCUAAGAGGUGGUUGAAAACAGCCAAGUCUGCUCAUGUGUAUUCAAUUUCAGAGCCUAGUAUUCAUUCACAGAAUAUGAAAUUGUUGCGAAAAGGAGCUAUGUCUGCCGCAUGCAACUAUCUCGCAGAAAUAGCAUGCGAAAAGGAUGAUGAUUUUUCAAGUGUAAUGGAAGACAUUUAUAAGCUGUUGAGGGAUGUUCAGAAGAGUCGCAAACCGGGUUGUACAACAAAGAGUGCAGCCUUUAAUGUGGGUGAUCCAACUGUUGUACAGGGUAGAGGUGCCCCCAAGAAGACCAGAACUGUCACCAAGAGAAGGCAUUGCUCAAAUUGCAGGGGUAUUGGACACACGAUUCGUACGUGCCCGGUUUUGCUUUAUCCUGAUCAAGUCAAUAACAGUGAAACAGGUGAAUCUGCAAGUGAAGGAAUUGAGGACAGCACAGACGACGAGACAAACGUUGGCAGCGUAGAUCGGCAGAAUAAGGGGGCUUCGGUGGCAAGUAAACUUAAAUCGCAGCAACGGAAGCAGGGAAAUGACUCCUCAUCCACCCAAAACAAGCGUUCAAAUCAGAACACGGUGUCGACAAAACAAAAUAAGCGUAAAUCUAAGCAGCGAGAAGUCCCAGUCAUGAUUCAUUCAAGCCAAGUAUCUGUGAAUGAAGUGACUCAGAGUUCACCGAAUAAUGCAGGUCGCGGUGAUGUGGAUAACAACAGAGUUACUUUGUUGCCCCAGCAUCCACAGGAAAUACCUUUGACCCAAGAAUCUGUGAAUCAGGUACAGGUUUAUAACAUGAAGCCUAUUGUACAACAAGUCCACUAUCCUGUUGUUCGUGCUUCAGCUGGACUUCCAUUUUUGCAACCUACUUAUGCCGUGAAUAUGACUAAUGGAGUUCAGGUGUUUCCACAGUUUAUACAGCACCAAAACGUCCAGGUUCCUUACCAAGGAGUUCAGAUGCAAACUCUAUUUCAAGCUGGACCUUCUGGCUUACUCCCGACAUUUUCAUCGACGUUGGCGGCAGUCGAUAGGAGACACAAUAGAAAUUCUAGUUUAGGAAAUAAUUGAAAGCAUUUCAUUUUAAGUCAGUUUGAUUUUGAUAUUGGAACAAAUUAUGUAUUUGUGUGAAGGAAAAAAAUUAUUAAAUUAUAUUUUAAAAACAUAUUCUGAAAAAACAAUAUAAGUGCAGACUUU